AUGGUCUUGUCAGAAGCGCCAGUUUGUGAAGCCGAUCUCGAGGCUGCUACUGCUGACGAUCCAUUAUUGGCCGCAAUAGUCCGCCGGGUCCUCACCGGUGCAUGGCGGGACAUCUUGCCUGCUGAGGAACCAUUCUUCAUGAUGCGAAGCCAGCUGACCGUCGCAAAUGGCAUUCUUCUUCUGGACAGCUGGGUUGUUAUCCCAUCGGCUUUGCAACAGCCGGUUUUGAAGCUAGCUCAUGAGGGGCACCCAGGCAGCGCUACGUUCAAAGACACCCUUCGCCGUUCUGUUUGGUGGCCUCGUAUGUCACGGGAUGCUGAGCAGUUUGCAGCAGCAUGCGACAUUUGUUGGCGGAGCCGCACCAACCACAGCCAAGAGCUGCAGCCAACGGAGGUUGUUCCAGUGUGGCACAAGGUGGCAGUUGAUUUGGUGGAGAUCGAAGGCCGCCACCUGCUCUCGUUGGUCGACUACGGGUCUCGUUUCCCGGAGCUGAUUGUCCUGCCUGGAACCAAGUCCCAACAUGUCGUGAUGGCUUUGUCCACUAUCUUCGCCAGGUUCGGCAUUCCGCUCGAGCUCGUCAGUGACAAUGGCCCACAAUUUGUGUCCGCCGAAAUGGGUGAGUUCCUCUGA